AUCAGACCAUACGCGAAAUAUCACUGUCCCUUUCUUCAUCCCGUCAGCUGACAAACACACAAACAACGAUCAUUUUAUGCUAAUCCCGCCGAUCUCACUGGUCGCCAGGCGCUCUGACGUCACGCGCGCGCACACUAUAACAGCGCGGAGAGGUCUGGCGUCCUGCUACAGUCUGAAUACUCAGGAGUGAGAGCGAGCUGAACUCUCUGCGGUGCAGAGCUGGAGAAACACAGCACACGUCGCUGGCUUAAGGACAUAUUUCUGGAGUAUCCGGGAUCGGGACGGGAGCCCUUCUCCGGUACUCAUUUGUGUCUUUUAUUUAUGCUUUGACUUCAAGUGCGGCGACGGGACGCGAGAGAGAAACUUGACUUUUUUUCUUCUUUUUUUUUCCCCUUCCUCCAGUCCUGCGAGUAGAGACUCCAAAAGCCUGCAGCUGAAAGUCGAGGUCUGUUCGUCCAUAUGAGGCAAAUGUCUUUUGCAGUGCAUUAGUCCUGAAAGUUUUCUCUUUUUUUCUUUUGCUGUUUGAACAUUUCCGAGUGACACUGUAUGCGCUCGAGCGCGUCGCGUUCGGAAACCCAUCCAGAAAUAUUGCAUGCGCAAAUAAGGCAAAAGUCGGAUUUUGCGACGUUGGUAAACCCUUUGCUGAAGAACAGGGACACGAUGAGCGCAGAUCUCGCCAUGGGGCCCGAGCUGCCCACCAGCCCGCUGGCGUUGGAAUAUGUCAAUGACUUUGAUUUAAUGAAAUUCGAGGUGAAGAAAGAGGCAUUGGCGGGGCUCGACCGCUCCAAUAUACGGCAGUGCAACCGCCUCCAGCCGCAGGGCUCCGUGUCCUCCACUCCGAUCAGCACCCCGUGCAGCUCCGUGCCGUCCUCCCCGAGCUUCAGCCCCACGGAGCAGAAGAACCAUCUGGAGGAGCUGUACUGGAUGCCCAGCGGCGCGUACCCGCAGCAGAUCGACCCGCAGACGCUAAGCCUGACGCCCGAAGACGCGGUGGAGGCUUUGAUCGGUGCCACGGCCCACGGGCACCCUCCGCCCCCUCAUGUGCAGCAGCAGCUGCAAGCGGGAGGUUUUGAGGGAUACAGGGGCGCGCAUCACCACCACCACGGCCACGCGCAACAGCAGCAGCAGCAGCCGCAGCACCAUCACCAAUAUGGCGCGAUCCCGCAUCACCCCGACGACCUGCCAGUUCACCCUGGCCACCACCAACAUCAACACCACCACCACCACCACCACAGUCAGGACCCCGACAGCCCUUCUCCCAGCUCGCCCCAGCAGCUCCACCACCGCCACCACCACCAUCACCACCCGCACGGACACCCGGGCCAGCAGGGUCACCACGGCCUGAACGUGGAGGACCGCUUCUCCGACGACCAGCUGGUGUCCAUGUCCGUACGGGAGCUGAACCGACACCUGCGGGGCUUCACCAAGGACGAGGUGAUCCGCCUGAAGCAGAAACGCCGGACCCUGAAGAACCGCGGCUACGCACAGUCGUGCCGCUACAAGCGCGUGCAGCAGAAGCACGUGCUGGAGAACGAGAAGACCCAGCUCAUCAACCAGGUAGAGCAGCUCAAGCAAGAGAUCAACCGGCUGGCCCGAGAGAGAGACGCCUACAAACUCAAGUGCGAGAAACUGAGCGGAGCGAACGGGUUCCGCGAGGCAGGAUCCACGAGCGACAACCCGUCCUCUCCAGAGUUCUUCAUGUGAGUGCAGUGCGCUUCUUAUGCCUGAGACUGAGACAUUACACAGAUACAGUACUGCUCCUAUUAGAAGAAUAACCACGAGAAAUAAUAACCGCAUAUGUAAUCAUCGCCACCGACCUCGGCAACUAAGAACAUGUUAGAAUGUUUUCUGGGAAAUGUAGAUUAGUUGCUUGUAGUUACUUUUACCCAUUUUCGUAGAGAUCUGACAAGAAAAGAAAAGCGAAGAAGUGGCUUUUUUUCUUU